AUGGCGGCCGUCCGGGCGCUGGUGGCGCCAAGGCUGGCGGUGGCGUGCGCGCUCGCCCCGCUCCCGGGACCCCUGCGGCCGCGGCCCGCCUCCCGCCCGGCGCCCCGCCUGCGCGCGGCCCUUCACGGCUCGGCGCCGCGCCCGGGGGCCAGGGUCGCGCUGGUGCUGUCGGGCUGCGGAGUCUACGAUGGCACCGAGAUCCACGAGGCCUCUGCCAUCCUGGUGCACUUGAGCCGUGGAGGUGCUGAGGUCCAGAUCUUCGCCCCUGAUGUCCCUCAGAUGCACGUGAUUGACCACACCAAGGGGCAGCCUUCCGAGAGUGAGAGCAGGAAUGUUCUGGCUGAGUCGGCAAGGAUUGCCCGAGGCAAGAUCACCAGCCUGGCACAGCUCAGUGCCACUAACCAUGAUGCCGCCAUUUUUCCCGGAGGCUUUGGAGCUGCCAAAAACCUGAGCACAUUCGCCGUGGACGGGAAGGACUGCAAGGUCAAUAAGGAAGUGGAGCGUGUCAUGAAGGAAUUCCAUGGAGCCGGGAAGCCAAUCGGCUUGUGCUGCAUAGCGCCCGUGCUCGCGGCCAAAGUGAUCAGAGGUGUCGAGGUCACCGUGGGCCACGAGCAAGAAGAGGGCGGCAAGUGGCCCUAUGCCGGGACCGCGGAGGCCAUCAAGGCCCUGGGGGCCAAGCACUGUGUGAAAGGUGUGACCGAAGCUCACGUGGACCAGAAAAACAAAGUGGUCACAACCCCAGCCUUCAUGUGUGAGACUGCGCUCCACCACAUCCACGAUGGCAUUGGGGUCAUGGUGAAGAAGGUGCUGGAACUCGCGGGAAAGUAAUGCUGCUCAGGCAAUGCUUGGUGUCCUGUCUGGGCUCUGUCCAGCCCAGGUGGCACAGGAGCUGCUUUUCUGUUUAGAAGCUUUCUGCCUGAAGAGGAAGGUUGACUCCCUCCACAUCCUGGGCUUGGCUUAGUUCCUGUCAAUGUGAAGGGCAGAACCCUUCACUGCCCACCCCCAGAAGCAAUGGGGGCUUGCCGUGUAUGUGCCCCCAGAAUUCAGAUCUGAGGCAGCUUUUCCAAAAGGGUCUUGUGGAAAUGAUAUCCUACAGUCUCAAAUCUGUUGGGUCAGGGUACUUAAGAUUUUAGAAGAAAAACAUUGAAGAUUACAAGUCUGGUGACAAUCAGAAGAUGAGCAGUCCCACGUCUUGGAUAAAGAAAAGUUCUGUGUUGUGAAGUAAACACGUGCUAACUAAAGCCAGGGAAUUUCUGUAGCAGACAGUCCCUGUAGCCACAGAAUAAACUCUUCUCCACAUUGGAAA